GAAAAUUUUCGGAAUAUUACUGUCACUGUCAAAUGUCAGUAAAUCAACCAACAAAAAUACUAAAUGUGUUAGUUUCUAACUAGAACCAUGUUUUCGCUUCACAAUCAAUUAGAAUUACGAAAAGUUACAAUAUCCAGCUUGAUAACAUGUAUUUACUUACCGAGUAUUAUCACAGUAAUAUCUUAUAAAGGGAUUCUUUACUCCGUCGGGAAUGGAUCUUCAUGUUAUGUUCUGGCGCUUAUAUUCUUCGCUGAGAUAUUGAAAUCGUUUUACUUGAAUUCUAGUAACGAUGUUCAUGGGAAAAGAAAUAAGGUUAACAAGAAUAAGGCGGGAGAUAUCCUCAGGGGCUUCGUGUUCAUGCUGUGUGUGAAGUUUGCCUUCUUCAUCGGGAUUAUACUGUUCGGCGCGCCCGUAUUGGAGUGUCAUGAAGAAACCCUGAUGUUGUCGUCAUUGCUUACUUUAUUAACCAUUUUUCCUUUGAUCCUGCAUACUGGAGUUGAAACAUCAAUGCAGCUUCUCUUUGGUGUUAAGAACUAUGGGAGAGAUACCGUUAUUGAGAUGCUUGUCAACAAUGCCUUGAUGACAAUUUGUGGGGCAUGGCUUGGGGCUGUAGUCAUUCCUCUGGAUUGGAACACUCCGUGGCAAAAGUGGCCGAUACCAUGCUACCUUGGAGCAAUUGGAGGAUUCCUCCUCUCAAAUGUUUUAACAGUAUUAAAAGUAUCACUCAUGAGUGGUGCUACUAAGUACCCUAUUCUAAAUAUUCUAGUCCAAUUAUUGAAUGGUUGUCAAAUUUCAAAGUAGAUUUGUAUUUCAUACUUAUUUUUUAAUUAAUAUUGUAAAUAAAGCAUUUAACCAUUA